UGAUGGCAGCUAAAGCUGAAGUGGUCAGCUGGACUGAGUACCCAGAGGACUUCAGUCUCCUGCAUCAGGCGCAGAUCAGCUCCAAAACGUGGAUCGCUUCAAAUUCUCUGCAUGAUUUUUCAAGAAGAGACGGUGAAACCGCGGGACUUUCUCUGGUGCCAAAACUUCCAGAUCCUUCCGCUGGAAUCACACACCGGAACAAAGCUGAUGAUGGGGCCAAGACGAGUCACUUUGGCCCUCAGAGACACCGGCGCGUGGCAGCCAACGCGCGUGAGCGCAGGAGGAUGCACGGGCUGAAUAAAGCCUUUGACGAGCUGCGGAGCGUCAUCCCGUCACUGGAGAACGAGAAGAAACUGUCCAAAUAUGACACGCUCCAAAUGGCACAGAUUUACAUCACGGAGCUGUCCGAGCUGCUGGCGGGAGUGGUGCGUCAGGACUGUGAGGACACAGGGGACAAAGGGCCCAGGAGAAGUCUGCUGCACCCUCACCACGGCCCGGACUGUGUCCAGACCGGGCCCCUGGCCCCGGAGCGCGCGGACACAGCUGUGGGACACUUCAUUAUCCUCGCGCCACAGUCUGAGGCGGGCACGAGCUCCGCGCACAGCAGUGAUGGAGAAUCUUCUCACUUCAGCGACUUAGAGGAAAGUCUCACCAGGACACAGUAACGCGCACACGUGCACACACGUGCACACAGCUGCAGGGCGCGCGCAGUGGGACAAAGCUGCAGCUUCUGUCCAUGUUCUGUGUCCCACAGGACAUCCUGAGGCCGGACUCAAGGCCUCCUCUUGCACUUUAUCCAGGCUAGAAACGUGACAGUGA